AAUUAUUAAUUCCAUGCGGAAACUUUUGUAACACCCAUCAAUUUUCAGCUAAAUCAGUUCGACCGAUCUUGAGUUAUAAAUAGUGUAACAUAUCUCUUUUUGGUCCAUCGAUACGGAUUAUACAGUGAUUAUUUAUUAUUUUAAAACAAACGGCAUCGGAGUACAGCGGCAUCACGCCCGCAACGCCUGCCGCGCAAUAGCGCACUUCCAGCAUUUAAACAAGACUUCAACAUGUCUACAGACACCCUAGAAAGGUUAAUUAACCGUAGAACCAAUUAUAAAGGACGUCUUAAACGGAUUUAUAACUUUGUAGAUGAACAGAAAAACCACGUGAAAAUAUACGAGCUAAAGACAAGACAGACAGAAAUGGCUGAACUUUAUGAAAAAUAUAAUACGACUCAAGAAGAUAUUGAAAUGAUUGAACAAUCAACGAAAUCCCACGAACAAGAGCGAGCUUCCACUGAAGAAAAGUAUUUCUCGUAUGCAGCAAAGAUCGCAGAAAUCUUGAAAGAACACGAACUCAACCGCUCUGCAUCUUCGUGUCAAUCGGUUCUACAACCCAGCUUAAAAUCACCAGUUAUUAAAAUUCCAAAUUUACAAAUUCCAAGCUUCGAUGGAAACCUGUCGGAGUGGUCCAAUUUCAAAUCGCUAUUCGAUGGAGUAAUCGACUCACAUGAGCAACUGACACACCUCCAGAAGUUCCAAUACCUGAAGUCAUUACUACGCGGGGAAGCUGCAGGUCUCAUCGACUCCUUAACAGUUACAGAAGAAAAUUAUCAACAUGCAUUAAGUAUACUUACUAAGAGGAUUCAACAUACAUGUUCAAAGAACAGCUGCUCUAUCUGUUCUAAAAAGCAUCAUACAGCUAUUCAUAUUGACAAUUACUCUUUGGCUAAAAUGUCUGGUAAUACUGCUGCAAGUGUAGGCAAUACACAAGACAAAUUAAUUACAGAAAAGAUACCUGAGUCCCAAUCAAAGGUAAGUACCAAUAAUUUAAGUUAUAACAAACAAGCUUCAGUUAUGCAUUUACACUCAAACCAAGUUCAAGUUUACCUUUCUACAGCUGUUAUUAAAGUUCAGCAAGAUAAUGGUGAAUGGACUACAUGUCAUGCCUUACUGGAUAGCGGAAGCCAAGUAUCUCUAAUAACAAAACAGCUAGCUAACAAGCUCAGCCUGCCACUUUCUAACAAGAAAGGUUACAUUAUAUAUGGUGUAGGUAGCGAUCCCACACACUCAUCUCAAUCAACAAUAGUUAAUAUUGCAUCUUGCAACAGCAAUUAUGCCACAGCAUUAACUUGUGUAGUUACUGAACAAAUUUCAACAAAGUUACCACAGAAUUACAUACCACUUGCUAACUUCAAGUUACCUAAACAAUAUGAAUUAGCAGAUCCCACAUUUAAUGUUCCAAAGGCCAUUGACCUGCUCAUUGGUGGACAUUUAUUCUACUCGCUUCUUCUACAGGGCAGUAUACAAUUAGGUAAAAAUCGUCCCACACUCAUAAAUACAGUCUUUGGAUGGGUAGUGACAGGAGAAAUUGAAUUAACAAUGCAAUCUUUAUAUCAUAAUACAGUCCACACAUCGAACAAUCUCCACACUUCAACUCAUGCAGACGCACACUUUUACAAACACUCAGUUAUAUCAGCACAUUUAACCUGUGAACAAUCUUGUGAUCAAUUAUUAAAACGGUUUUGGGAGCAAGAGGAACUAAAACCUUCCCCAAUACUUACACCGGAACACAUCUUUUGCGAAGAACUUUACAAAAGCACAACUACUAGAGACCCCACAGGUCGCUUUACAGUAAAACUUCCAAUUAUACAAGACAAGCUAGAUCAGCUAGGUGAUUCCUACAGUAUCGCUCAAAAGUGCUUUAUGUCUUUAGAGAAAAGAUUCACUAACAAUCCAGAACUUCAUAAACAAUAUUCCGAAUUCAUUGAUGAAUACAUAAACUUAGGCCAUGCAUCUUACAUACCUGCCUCUUCAUUUUCAGCAGACACACAAGAGGAAAUCAAAAGGUUCUUUCUGCCUCAUCAUGCAGUUUUAAAACCAAGUAGUGUUUCAACCAAGUUACGUGUAGUUUUUAAUGGAAGCAGUCAGUCAUCUACAUCUAUCUCUCUCAAUGACGUCUUACAUGAGGGUCCUAACAUUUACACAGAUUUAAUAGACAUUAUAUUAAGAUAUAGAACCUAUAAAUAUGUACUAUCAUGUGAUUUAAUUAAAAUGUUCAGAAAUAUAAACAUAGAUCCCUUACAUCGUAACCUACAAUGUAUACUAUGGAGAGCAUCGCCUAACGAUGAUCUUAAAGUUAUUAGACUGAAUACAGUCACAUAUGGGACUAGAUGUGCUCCUUAUCUAGCAUUUAGGACAUUACUAGAGCUUGCCCAUCAGGAUGGUCACAUUUAUCCAUUAGCAGCACAAUGCAUUUUAUAUCAAACAUUUAUGGAUGAUGUCCAUUGUGGAACAAACUCACUCUCUGAAGCUAGAGAACUUUGCAAUCAAUUAAUUUCCCUAUUUAAAAGAGGUGGUUUUCAACUACAUAAAUGGUCAUCUAACAAUCCUCAGAUAUUACAAGAUGUUGAAAGCAACAAAGGUCAGCAUUCACCAACCAGUCUUAUUAUUGGUGAUGAAACUAGUACAUUAGGUCUCAAGUAUGAACCCGCAACAGAUACAUUUAAAGUUAACAUUCCCUCUCAGCAAUGUAACUUACAUUUUACUAAAAGAAUUGUACUCUCAAUUAUUGCCAAGAUAUAUGACCCACUCGGUUACCUAUCACCUGUUACUAUCACUGCAAAACUUUUCAUGCAACAGCUAUGGAAAGAAUCCAAUAUCAUACAAUGGGAUACACCCUUACCCAAACAUUUACUUCAACAAUGGCUGUCCUUCUAUGAUAAUAUUCAGAUAUUAAAAGAUAUUACUAUUCCUAGAUAUUGUUUCUCAGAUAUACCAAAUGAAAUUUACUUAGUAGGAUAUUGUGAUGCCUCACUAGUUGCUUAUGGCUCAUGUAUCUACAUUGUAGCACAUUAUCCUAAUCAAAAGCCAACUUCUAAUUUAGUUAUUAGCAAAAGCAAAGUUGCCCCUGUACGCACAGUCAGCUUACCAAAAUUAGAACUUUCUAGCGCUACACUACUCUCAAAAUUAAUGAAAAAAGUCAAACUUGCCUUAGAGGUAGCUAUUAAAAUACAUUCUGUAUACUAUUACACAGAUUCAAGUAUAGUUUUAAAUUGGAUAAACUCACCCUACAAAAAAUGGGAAGUUUAUGUAUCAAAUAGAAUCUCACAAAUAUUACAAAACUCAGAUUCUAAUUUGUGGCAUCAUACUAGAACUUAUGACAAUGCUGCAGACUUACUUACUCAUGGCGUACACGCUAAAGAUUUUAAUAAUUUAUCACUAUGGUGGCACGGUCCGACAUACUUGCUCUCACCACCUAGUGACUGGCCAUGCGGUAGUGCUCAGACAAAAACCGAAGUAGAAACCUAUCUCAUUAAAGUAGUAAGCCCUAAUAAAAAUCAAACUGUCUCAGAAUAUUAUAAUGAUGAUGACUUAGAAUACUUUAUGAACAUAUUUGAAAGAUUUUCAAGUUUUCAAAGAUUAUUAAACACAAUUGCUCAGUGUCACAGAUUUUGUCAUAAUCUCAAACACAAUCAUAGAAUCACAGGUCCUCUCACACCUGAAGAAUUAAAAGUUAGUCAUAACUUCAUAAUCAAGAUUGUACAAGCAUCUCACUUUAAAAGAGAAAUAUUAGAACUAAAGUCAGGUAAAACUAAUUAUACCUUUUCAAAUAGUCCACUCAAAAGACUAUCCCCAUUUAUAGACAGUCAAGACUCUCUAUUAAGAGUAGGUGGUAGAAUUAAACAUGCAAACAUUCAAUAUAAUCAGAAAUAUCCUAUAAUAUUACCCAAGUGCCAUGUCACAUCUCUCAUCAUACAAAGGUAUCACAUACAACUCUUUCACUCAGGCAUUCAGAACACAGUCUCAAACUUAAGACUUACAUAUUGGCCUAUCCAUGCUAGAGUUGAAGUUAAGAAAAUUGUCUACAAGUGCACAGUAUGUACCAGAUAUCGUGGUCAAACCUGUAGGCAAAUGAUGGCUAACCUACCAUCUCAUAGAGUCAAUUUAGAAAGACCAUUCUUACACAUAGCAAUAGACUAUGGAGGUCCAAUAUACAUUAAAAGUUCAAAUCUACGCAAUGCUAAAUUUAUAAAGAGCUACAUAUUAAUACUAGUCUGUCUAUCAACUAGAUGCAUACAUAUUGAAUUAUCAACUGAUCUUACAACACCAUCAUUUAUCUCAUGCCUAAAAAGAUUUGUUGCUCGUAGAGGUAUCUGCAGCAGCAUUUUAUCCGACAAUGCUUUAUAUUUCAAAGGUGCAGAUCAUGAACUACAUGACCUGUAUAAUAUGUUCAAAAAUGAGACAUCUUACAGUCAGAUUAUGGAUUAUACUAACAAUCUAAAUAUAAAGUGGAAUUUCACCACACCUCUCGCUAGUCAUAUGGGAGGAAUCUAUGAGUCUUGCAUUAAACAAACUAAAUAUUUACUCAAAAGAAAAUUAGGUAAUUGUAGGAUGACCUAUGAACAAUUGUCUACCAUACUUUGUCAAAUCGAAGCAAUAUUAAAUUCAAGACCAUUAUUUGCAACUACUGAUAAUAUAGAUUCAAUUAAUUAUAUAAGUCCAAGUCAUUUUCUUAUUGGCACAACAAUGUUAGAUAUACCAGAGCCCAGUCUAGCUAAAAUUUCAGACAAUAGACUUAAUAUUUGGCAAAAGAUUACAUCAAUUAAACAGCAAUUCUGGAAAGAAUUUUACAAAACAUAUUUGUCUGAACUUCAAACUAGACAAAAGUGGUUUACAGACUCUCCUAAUUUACAAGUAGGAAAUAUAGUUCUUAUUAAAGAUGAAAACACUCCGCCAAUGUGUUGGCCCAUGGGGAGAAUUAUCGAGAUUUAUAGUUCAAAAGAUGACCACCUAACCCGGUCAGUCUUGGUCAAAACUGCUAAGGGACAGUACAAGCGCCCUAUACAUAAACUUGUCUUAUUACCAUCUCAGUAAUUCUGCUUAUAUUUUCUUUUUUUAAACAAAUGUUAAAAUCUAACUCUAAAUUUUACUUUAACUAUGUAAUUUAGCUCCUAGAUGUAAUAUCCUAUACCCUAGACUUAUACUUAAGAUAGAUCUAAGAUUGUAAUAGAAAUAAUACUACAAUU